UCUAUCUCUGCUUGCUCCUCCUCCUCCCUCCGUCGCGAUGAGACCGCUCUCCCUGGCCCUCGUUCUGACUCUUGUCGGCGCAUCCCUCGCGCAGGAGCUGCUGAUCCGCGAUGGCCAUGGCCACGGCCACGGCCACCACGCACAACCGCUGCUCGAGCUGAACGAGACGGAGAUCACGCUGUACCACGAUCCGACUCCUCCGUCGUACUACACCAUCGAUUGGGAUGUGCUGGAUCCGAAGCGACAUCCAGGACUGAUCAUCACGCACGCGCUCCUCAUGUUCUUCGCGUUUUUCGUGUGCCUGCCAAUGGGCCUCGCCCUGCGAUCGGCCAAGCACCCUCUGCGCGGGGUCGCCGUCGGCGCCUUCUAUGGCACGUUUCUGCUCGCGUGUUCGGCCAGCUCGCUGUACAGGAAGACGACGCCGGACAUGUAUCCGCACCAACGCCACUCGCGGCAUGGCUAUCUGCUCCUGUUUGCGUCCUUGGCGCUCACCGCGAUCGACACAUUUGCUGCUUCCGUGCGCAUAUUCCAGUACGUCCGCGCGGGCCGGCCGUAUUCGUUCCGCGGGUUAUGGUCGUCGGCGGUGGGCCGGGAAAUGGAGGACGAGGCGGCGAAUGCAGAGUACGCCGGCUUGAUCAGCGAGGAACCCGAGUCGAUGGAGGAGGCGGGGCACGAAAUGAAGCGCGGACGGACCUCGUACGACCACGGCACGACCGCGCAGUGGGCCAACCACGUGCGCCACCACUCGACGCAUUCCGACGGCACGCUCUUCAUGCCGUCGUCGCCGCAUUCCGAGGCGACGCUGCACGACGCCCACCUUCCGUUUGUCCCUCGCGUGUCGCUCGUCCGGCGGAUCGGGCGAGCCCUUUUCGCGAUCACCGAACGGCUCAUCAUCGUCACGGCGUUCGGCAUUUCCUUAUCGGGCAUCGUGGUCUAUACGGGAGGAUGCAGACAGAACUACAUCAACGGGUGCCUGGCCCAUCUCAUCAAAGGCGGCAUCUUCUGGUGCUAUGGAAUCGCGUCCUUUGCCCGCUAUCUCGGCUGGGGGGCUGGCAUCGGGUGGGCCUGGAACCUCCCUCCCCAGUCGGGCAAGCCCACCGCCGAGUUCGUCGAGUCCGCGGUCAUCUUCAUCUACGGAAUCACCAACGUAUGGAUGGAGAGAUUCGGCGCACAAGCGGGCGAUCCCUUCACGACUAAGCAGCUUCAGCACAUCGGAAUCGCGAUCAUGUUCUGGGGCGCCGGUCUCGUGGGGAUGGCCGUCGAGAGCAAGGUCGUGCGCCGCUGGCUCGCGGGGCUCGCUGUCAAUUCCUCGGAGACGGUCUCCGAGCCAAAAACAUACACGGCCAGCUUCAACCCCUUCCCCGCUCUCGUCAUCGGAGUCACCGGAUCGGUGAUGGCUGCGCACUUCCAGACAUAUCUGUUCCAGGUGCAGAUCCACAGUCUCUGGGGCAACCUUCUCCUCGCGUUUGCCGUCAUGCGUUGCAUCACGUACUUCUUUGUUUGGGUUUCGCCACCCAAGUCCACCCUGCCCUCGAGACCGCCGACUGAAGCGCUGGCGAGCUUUUUCUUGACUGCCGGAGGCAUCAGCUUCAUGUUCUCCACCGAGGAGCUCACCAUCGCUGCGAUGCGCCGGGGCCGGGAUGAUAUCAUGCUGUUCGUUGUCGCUGCUGUUGCAUUCACUUGCAUUGCUUUCUGCUGGACAAUAGGUGUGGUGGGAUUCCAUGCCUGGGUGAAGCAGCGGUCAAAACCGGCUGUUUCCUAUCGCGACACUGCUUGAUCUUGCGUGUGUGCUGUAUCUUUAUUUCACGACCUUUCACGCCUGCUGCAAACUGUAUCUUACGUCUUUGUUGUUGUUGUUUUUCCACGUUGAAUAAUUACCAAAGCAUUAUCCAA